AUGGCCGACGCCCCUCAGUACAACGCCUCUACUCCCAACGGGGGAAACCCACUAGAGAUCGACGUCAACGCUCAAUAUGAUGGAUUCGAGUACAACUACACCUACAUCGUGUUUUGCGGGUUCAUUGUCUGGCUCAUCAUUCCCGGAAUCGGGCUACUCUAUGGCGGAAUUGCGCGGCGAAAGUCGGCUUUGGCGCUUCUCUUUCAGUCUAUGAUGGUUGUUGCUGUGACUACCUUCCAAUGGAUGUUUUGGGGCUAUUCGUUGGCCUUUAGCAGAAACGCGGGCCCGUUUAUUGGGACUCUCGACGCAUUUGGCAUGAUGAAUGUGCUCGCCGCUCCGUCGCCGGGGUCUGAUGUGCUCCCGGAGAUUGUCUAUUGUCUUUAUCAAUUGCUUUUCUGCGCCUGCACGGUCAUGAUCGUGGUCGGCGGCGCUUUUGAGCGAGGAAACAUAGUCCCCUCACUGAUUUUCAGCUUCUUCUGGGCUACCAUUGUCUACUGCCCUAUUGCCUGCUGGACAUGGAAUAGUAACGGCUGGCUAUACAACCUCCCCUCUUUGGACUUCGCCGGUGGAGGUCCCGUGCAUAUUUCCUCGGGCUGGGCUGCGCUGGCCUAUGCUUUUGUUCUGGGAAAACGCAAGCAUCACGGCGAGCAUACACAUGGGAAACCGCACAAUACGACCCUGGUGUUUUUGGGCACUGUGUUGAUCUGGUUUGGGUGGUUUGGAUUUAAUGGCGGCUCUGCUUUGAAUGCAUCAGUCAGGGCCAUGGUGGCAGCUUUCAAUACCAACACAGCAGCUUGCACUGGCGUCCUUGGCUGGGUUCUGGUCGAUUACAUUCGAUACAAGGGCAAGUUCUCAGUAGUUGGAGCGUGCGAAGGCGCCAUUGCCGGUCUCGUCGGCAUCACGCCUGCAGCCGGUUACGUGUCUGUCUGGCUUGCAGCAGUAAUCGGACUUAUCACAUCUAUUGUCUGCGCGCUACUCCAGAACGUCAACGAUUGGCUACACAUCGACGACGGAAUGGAAGUAUUCAAACUGCACGGCAUCGGCGGAAUCUGCGGUGCCUUUAUGACGGGGAUCUUCGCGACGUCGUCCAUUUCUGCAUUGGAUGGAAGCUCGCUUAGCCCCGGCGCUAUAGAUGGUAAUGGGAAGCAGGUGUACUUGCAGCUUGCUGAAAUUGCGGCGAUUUCGGCCUAUUCUUUCACCGUUUCGUGCAUUCUGCUGUACAUUCUCAAAUUCAUUCCCGGAAUGAAGUUGCGUGUAGAGGAGGAAGCCGAGUUGAUUGGAUUGGAUAAGGCGCAGUUUGUCGAUGAGCAGAUUGGUGACUGGAUUAGUGGUGAUGACGCUUUGUUGGCCGUCGCUUCCGUCCAGAUCUUUCGCCCUCGCUUUCCUCUGCAAAAUCCCGACCUUGUUGGACUACACUGUAGCCCUCCGUCGCCGUUCGUUCGUUUUCGCCAGCAGAACAUUGCGCACCAAAACAACAACCGGCGAUAUGGAGUGAUCCUGGACGCUGGCUCGUCUGGGACGCGCGUUCACAUCUAUCGAUGGCUUAAUAAUACCAAGGCGCGCCAAAGCGACUCGCCGAAGAAACUGAAAUCGCUACCCGAAAUCACAACCAAGGAGGACUGGACAAAGAAAAUCAAUCCUGGCAUCUCCACUUUUGCCGAUAAACCAGAACGAAUUGGACCUGAUCAUUUGGAAGAACUACUGCAGCAUGCGCUUGACAUUGUACCGGAAGCUUCCGUUAAGGAUACGCCGAUCUUUCUACUAGCCACCGCUGGCAUGCGUCUUUUAGGCGAUUUUGAGCGUCGUGAGAUUCUGAAUCAAGUGUGCUCGUUCUUCCGAGCAAACUCCGACUUUUUACUCCCCGAAUGCGAUAUACAUAUACAGGUAAUCCCAGGCGAAACGGAAGCCCUGUAUGGAUGGAUUGCUGCGAACUACUUGCUAGGAAGUUUUGAUUCCCCGGAAGAGCACGCUCAUGGCAAGGAUCAUCAUACCUACGGUUUUCUCGAUAUGGGAGGAGCAUCUGCUCAGAUCGCAUUUGUUCCCAAUGCUACAGAGACGGAGAAACAUGGUAACGAUCUGAAACUUAUGAGGCUUCGGAACGUGGAUGGCUCAAUCCAAGAGUUUCGGAUAUUCGUCACUUCUUGGCUUGAGUUCGGCGUCCGUGAAGCGCGCCGCCGCUUCGUUGAAGCUCUUCAGGAAUCAAUCGACGUGCCUGAGAUCACUGAAUACCCAGAUCCUUGUCUGCUUGAAGGUCUACGUACAACACUUGAUGGGACAUUGGCUUCCGACAUCACCCACGGGCCUUAUCUGCUUGGUACAGGGCGAUUUGACGAGUGUGUUCGACAAACGUAUCCGCUACUGGACAAAGACGCACCUUGCGCAGAUGAGCCUUGCCUACUACAUGGAAUUCACGUUCCUGCAAUUGAUUUCGAUGUCAAUCAUUUUGUCGGUAUCAGCGAGUAUUGGCAUACCACGCACGAGAUUUUUGAAAUGGGAUACAAGGAUAAAGCCUAUGAUUUUAAUACAUACCAGCAGCGAGUUGGUGCGUUCUGCUCUCAAGACUGGGAAGCUGUUGAGCAAGGGAUAGCCGAAUCUCGAUGGGGCUCCAAGGUCGACCUUCUCAAGGCGCAAGAGGUCUGCUUCAAAGCAUCGUGGAUUAUAAACAUGCUUCACAGUGGAAUUGGUAUUCCCCGCGUCGGCCUUGAGGACACCAGACUUUCAGGGCAUAAUGGCACUAAAGAAAUUUUGCAACAUGGCAAGGAGAAAGGCUACCUUGAUCCAUUCCAAGCUGUCAACAAGAUUGACUCCACGGAAGUCAGCUGGACGCUCGGUAAAGUCGUGCUCUAUGCAUCCUCUCAGGUGCCCGCCGUGGAGCCAGAUGCCCUUCCUGUCGGUUUUGGGAGCAACGAACCAGGUAUUCCUAACGAUUUUCAAUAUCCCAGCGUCGAGCUUGUUCCUAGUCCUGGACCUGCAACGGAAGAGGCUGAAAGCUGGCACGAUACUCUAUUCGGUGGGGAGUCACCCAGACGAAUUCCAGGCGUGCUACUAUUCGUGUUUAUUGUUGUGAUUAUGCUGUUCUUCCUGUGUGGCCGUAGUCGUCGCUCACGGAUCUUUCUCAAAUUCAAAAGUCUCUUCAAACGCGGUGGACGUGUACGUCGCAGGUAUCCUACAAAGCUAGGAUUCAUGGGACGUAAUACUCAAGCCUACGAAAGAGUCAUUGAGGAAGGUGGACAAGUGUUUGAGCUUGCUGGAGCCGACAGUGACAGCGAUGAUGGGUUUGACUCGGAUGGUGUUAACCCCAAGCGACAUCACCCCUAUACAGGAUCAGCUACGGGGUCGCAAACACCGGGUCUAAAGUUUGAGUUCGACAAUAUCUCUUCUACUAGUAUUGGGCUCGGUAUUGCAACAUCAAAUGUUCUAGAUAGACACGGCCUGGUUGCCAGGACGGAGAGUCGGGAGCAUCUGGUGCCAACAGUCACGCAAGGAAGUCGGUCUCGCACCGUCAGUCCCACCAGAGGCCGAAGAUCCCCGAUGAUGAAACCAAUAGAUGACCAGUGA